CCGCCCCCCCUCGGGCGGCGUGAAAAGUUUGUGCGAGUGCCGGGCCGGUGCGCUCGGUGGGUUUUGUUCGCGCUCGGCGCUGUUUGUCUUUUGGGGCUUCAGUUCGGGGCAGUUGUUCGCGGGCCGGGGCGUGUUUUGCUCGAAGCAGCACCGCGCCGCGGGCAGCCCCGCCAUGUCGGACAGCGACCUCGGAGAGGACGACGGCGCCGCGGCUCUGGACCCGUCGCAGUCGAACAAGAGGAAGAGAAGGGGCAACCUGCCCAAGGAGUCCGUGCGAAUCCUGCGGGAGUGGCUGUACGAGCACCGCUUCAACGCGUACCCCUCGGAGCAGGAGAAGCUCAGCCUCUCGGGGCAGACCAGCCUCUCCGUGCUGCAGAUCUGCAACUGGUUCAUCAACGCCCGGCGGCGGCUGCUCCCUGACAUGCUGCGCAAGGACGGGAAGGACCCCAACCAGUUCACCAUCUCUCGCCGAGGGGGCAAAGCCGGCGACGUGACCCUGCCACGGGGGGCCGCCGCUGGCUCCGGCGUGCUGGUGGUUCCUCCCGUGACGGCAGCGGGGGCUGCCAAAGUGCUGCCAAUAUCCGUAUGCCCGCAGGUACUGUGCCAUCCUGCCCAGGCGCUGGGUGGCAACCUGACGGUGCUGGGUGCCCGCAGCCCUGAGCGGGAGAAGCAGCCCGGCCUGCAGCGAGUGGAGCCAGACCCCCACCCCAAAGCUCUGCUGGGUGCCGCCGGCAGCACCGUGGCCCUGCUGGCGCGUGCCGAAGCAGCCAGCCCCACCAGUGGACUCUUCAACACGCCGCCCCCCACGCCUCCCGAGCUCUUUGGUGACGACUUCAGCAGCUUCCAGCUGCUGGUGGAGGUGGCACUGCAGAAGGCGGCCGAGCUGGAAUCACAGCGGCAGGGCGGGCAGCUGCCCCUCUCACCUCAGACUGAGCCCCCGGGCGCCUCUGUCAACAAAUAGCCCCCAGUGCGGGUCCUGCGGGGUGCCCUUCCCCGGGGGCGCCCAACCUCCAGCCUUCUGCCACCCAUGGGACCCUUUUCUCUGGCCUCAGGAGUCUGCGACUUCCCGCACCCUCUCACAGCUCAUCUCAGAAACAGACCUGUGCAUCCCCAUACCUCCGCUGACCAAGGGGGUGAAGAGAGGAAGGGCUGUCCUGCCCCAUCCUGGGGAAUGCCUGCCGCCACGGAGCUCCUGCUGGGGACGGGGCCCUGCGCAGGUGGAAGCAGACCUGUGUGGCAGAGACCUCUCCUUGCCGUGACCCAUGGUUGCUGUGCGAAGCCACAGAAUUCCCUCGGAAAACCUGCUGACUUCUUUUUCUCAUUCCUGGAAACAAGGGUCCAGCUAACACCACUUCUUCAGGGAGAGGAAGAGAGAAUAUAUAUAUUUUUAAAGUUUUUGUCUGUUUUAAGGAUUGUGGAUGGAAUUCUUUUUCUCCCACAUGUCUCUGAUCCUUUUUGUACCUUUCUCCAGUUUUUGCAGAGGGCCACAGCAGUGCCUGGUGCUGGCCAGGAGCCACAUCCUGCCUGGAGAAGGCUGGGGGACGGGCGAACUGGAAACUUGAAACUGUGGCAAAUGCAGGACCCUCAUCUUCUGCCUUAGGGUGUGACAGAUAAUGCCAGUACAAAUCUCGAUGGUGCUGUUUAGCAGUUUUGUUUUUUUAUAUAUAAUUAUUUUUGUUGCUGUUGAAGCCUUUUCCCUUUAAUUAUGAUUCAUGUUUUUGGUUUUUUUUUUGUUUUUUUUUUUAAAUUUUAAAUUUCUUCAACAAAUGUUUCCGUGAUUUCCCCGCGUUUCUCACAUGUUCCUGCUGAAGAUGUGCACAGUGUCCUGGAGCAGAGAGCAUGCUGCACAGCCUGAGGAGCACCGGCUGCAGGCUGCUGCAGGGGGCGGACGCGAAGCCGACUGUGAAAUUUUUGCAUCCAAGGUUUUUGUUUUUAAUUUAAUUUUUUUAACUUUUUUUUUUUUUUUUUUUUUUCAAA